AUGGCCUCCUCGGCUGUUCAAAUCCCCCAAAACUCGACGCCGUCGCGGGAUGCGGUGCACCGCAUUCAUCGAGUUACUAGGGAAAAUCGUAGUCUCUGGUAUCAGUUGACAGUUCUCCAGCAACCGGAGCGAGCUAGAGCAUGCGGCUCCGGUAUGAAAGCAAAUAGUGACAGACGGCCAGUUGAUCCUCCCCCGGUUGUGGAGCUUCGCAUCAUCGAAGGUCCUUCAGUGGAGGAAGGCAAGGACAUCACGUUUGACUACAAUGCCAACUUCUUCUUGUACGCCAGCCUCGAACAGGCCCGUACCAUGGCUCAUGGUCGAGUUCAAAGCUCCGCCGCCACCAACCCUCCCAUUCUUACCGGCGUCCCAGCCUCUGGAAUGGCUUACCUGGACCGACCUGCAGAGGCUGGCUACUUCAUCUUUCCCGACCUAUCUGUCCGACACGAAGGAUACUUUCGCCUCUCGUUUAGCUUGUUUGAAACAACCAAGGAGGAAAAAGAUUUUGACAUGGAACCAGCUAAUUCUAACCUGCCGCCUGGUGUGGACUGGCGAAUGGAGAUCAAGACGAAUCCGUUCAAUGUGUUCAGCGCCAAGAAGUUCCCUGGCUUGAUGGAGAGCACUCAGCUGAGCAAAACGGUCGCGGACCAAGGAUGCAGAGUUCGAAUUCGACGCGAUGUGCGGAUGAGAAAGCGCGAUGGGAAGUCGGGUGGAUUCGAACGACGAGAAGAGGACUUUCGCCGUAGAACCGUCACACCAGCUCCCGAGGACCACCACAGCAUCCGCGCCCGAUCUCUCAGCAACUCGAGCGAGCACCGUGUCCCCUAUGCGCCUGAACCUCACCGACGUCCCUCUAUUGAUGGCUAUCAUCCGCCGCCGCCACCGCCGGGAUACGAUGCAGCUCCUCCGCCAAGCCGUAGCGGCCAUCUCUCAUUCGGAGAGCAUUCCGCUCCGCAGUACGCCGCUCCUCGACAUUAUGUGCCGCCACCUCAGCCGAAUGUGCACCCGCUGCCGCCUGCCACGCCGCCAUACGGUCCGCCUAACCACGCAACGAGCUACGUGAAGCCGGAACAGAGCAACUAUGGAUACCCUCAUCAUGCACGCAACACGAGCUCGACGUGUGUAUCUCCCAUUCCGUCAAUCAAACAGGAAUAUUCUUACGACAGGACUCCGGGAAGCUAUGUGCCGCACUCGCCGUCGAGGUAUUCUGAUGGCCAACCAAGACGAGAUUCACACAACUCGUAUCCGCUUACGCCAUUGCUGCCACAACCGCCGCGGCGGACAUCUCAGUCGUCCCUCGCCCCGCUCAAGAUUGCUGCUUUGGUAUCUCCGUCUCCUCUGCCGCCGAUUGAGGCACAGACGGAGCCUGUGCCUAUGCCUCCCCUCAUUCCUACGGGAGGCAAGCGCAAACUCGACGACGUCUUUCUCCAGAACUUGAAUCCACUGCACAACGGACAGCGCCAGCACGAUCCACAUUACGGCCGCUUCAGGGGACUCAGCCCUGAACCCUAUCACGGCAUGUACUCGCGCGCCGACGGCAAGGUCGACACCAUCGAAUUCAACCGGUACCAAUAA